UCUAGUGGAGAAUGUACUCAAGUUGGGGCCUUGCUGUGCGCUACAGAACUUUGCAGAGCGGAGGAUUAUAGCAGACGACCUCCCAGCGAGAGACAUAAGCUCAUCAAUGGUGGUGGGAAAUCUAAAGCUGUGGACCGAUCUGGCCGCGGAAGGACUGCAGAAGUCGCUCUCCGUCGCCAAGUUCCUCUGCCUCCUCCACGCCACCAACGCCUACUUCUGCACCGCCGUCACGCCUUACGGCCCGAGCAUGCUGCCGACCCUGAACUUGACCGGCGACUUGGUCCUUGUGGAGCGGGUCUCCACCUGGCUCGGCAAAGUGGGUCGAGGCGACAUGGUGCUCCUGCGGUCUACCGAGGAUCCGAGGAAGGUCGUGAUCAAGCGCGUCGUGGGCGUGGAAGGCGACACCGUGAGUUACCUCGUGGAUCCCAAGAACAGCGACGCGUCGAGAACUUGCGUGGUUCCUCGGGGAAACAUAUGGAUACAAGGAGACAACAUAUACAAUUCUAGGGAUUCACGAACUUUUGGGGCUGUCCCUUAUGGUCUUGUGGAAGGCAAAUUAUUCUGGAGGGCCAGCCUCAAAUUCCAUUAGAGACAAAAUCAAGUUACCUUGCUAUAUGAGUAGCUGCAACUGCAAGUAGAUUCGUGGACUAGACUUCGAGAUUGACAUGUCAUCCAUAUUGAAAGGGGACAAGGGAAGACUCUACAGACUUCCCUUAGUACAACAUAAGCUAUGUGAUAGGUUUACAAGUUAAGUUAGGGCAGUGUUUGUGUAGCAAAUCGCUGGGAUCAUAUCCUGGGCAAAGGAAAAUUACAUUAACUUUCAAACUAGAGUGUGUUUUUGUUUCCUUCCCCAAUUUUGCAAUAUCUUGAAUACAAUUGGAAAUUCACCACCCCUCACAUGUUUCCUCAUAGUUGACACAUCAUCCUCGGCAGCCCUUAGAAGUAUUGAAAAGAUCAUGCUGUACCUUCUGAAUGAUGUUAAUGUUAUAAGCCAUAAUGUCAAGGGAGCCAAAAGAACAUUUGAACAAGGGCACAUGUCCGUGCAUGAGUUUGUACACUCAUGUGGAAGCGGGGUGUUGUUCUGGUCAUUAGAAUGCUAUGUUCCUCAGAUUCCUUUUGGACCAUGUACAGAAAGGAAGGAAUUGAGUUUUUACAAUGAGAAGGUCAAUAUCUUUUUCUCCUUCGAUUCAUAAGUAAACAAAGGUUUUCUGGAAUGCUUGCUCUCUUCAUGAUAUGUACGGUUUUUGCUUCCUUGCAUAAAUAUGUUAUUUGGGUCAAGAGGCCUCCUUCCUCAUUGCUUCUCUUAUGCAAUUAAAACAUGUGAGAGAAAAAUGCAUAGAUCUCUACUUGAUCCUGCCCUAUGCACUACUUAUCUGAAAUGAUUCUGUCAGCAGAUGUGGCCACUCAAAAGCUUUGGGUCUCUACAUGGAAA